GCUUACUGAACCCACUUUCCUCUCCUUCUUCGUCCUUCUGAUCUGGGUGGCUGGUGGCUUUUUUCCUCUCCGAAGGUCCUCUAGGUUAGAGGGUUAAGAAUUGGAAUCGGGUGUUAUCGAGUUAUGACUCAAAACCCAGCCGAGCUCCAAAACCCCGUCGACCUCGCUACUGGCAACAGUUCCGAUCACCUUCACAUCAUCUCCUCCGACGUCGACUUAACCACCAUCGCCACUGCGGUCGAGGCCCCCCAUGACGGCCUGCGGUUCUGGCAAUUCAUGAUGGCGGGUUCCAUUGCGGGCAUGGUCGAACACAUGGCAAUGUUCCCUGUCGACACCCUCAAGACCCGUAUGCAGAUGCUUGGCGCCUCUUCUGCCCCUGCUUCAUCUUCGCCCUUUCCGACUCAGACUUAUCAUCAUCCCCGCUUCGGCCGUUUCCUCGCCUCAAUUAUACGUACCGAGGGCCCAUUAGGUCUCUACCGUGGCAUCGGCGCUAUGGGUCUCGGUGCUGGCCCUGCCCAUGCGGUCUACUUCUCCGUCUACGAAGUCUGCAAGGAAAAGUUUGGCGGCAACCGUUCAGGUCACCACCCUCUAGUCCACGCGGCUUCUGGUGUUGUUGCCACCACUGCUAGUGAUGCCGUUCUCACCCCUAUGGAUGUUGUGAAGCAGAGGUUGCAGUUGCGGAGCAGCCCUUAUAGUGGAGUAAAGGAUUGUGUGGUGAGGAUGCUUAGGGAGGAAGGGUUGAGGGCUUUCUAUGCUUCUUACCGCACAACCAUCGUGAUGAAUGCUCCUUUUACGGCCGUGCACUUCGCUACUUAUGAGGCCGUCAAGAAGGUUUUGAAUGAGGUAUCUCCAGAGAAUGCGAGAGAGGAACGGCUUCUCGUUCAUAUCACUGCCGGUGGAGCUGCGGGUGCCCUGGCUGGUGCGGUUACGACCCCCUUGGAUGUUGUCAAAACAAGACUGCAAUGCCAGGGGGUAGGUGGAGCAGACACUUUUGGUAGUAGUUCUAUUCGCAUGGCUCUCAAGCAGAUAGUGUCCAAGGAGGGUCCCCAAGCUUUGCUGCAAGGUCUGAAGCCAAGGAUAUUGUUCCAUGCCCCAGCAGCUGCAAUAUGCUGGUCCACGUAUGAAGCCAUGAAAAGUUUCCUUGCACCCUUCCCAGACAGCCGAUUCCACCCGAAAACCUGAAAAUCUAGCACCAGGGGAUACCACCUGGUCUUUUGAUUGGGGGAUCAAUCUCAUGAUUAUUUAUCAGAAUUGAUUUUUGUGCCGGCAGUGUCUAAAUAAGCUGGUGAGGGUUUUUGAUCUUCAGUUUUCCUCAUAUUUCUUUUUCUCCUCUCUGCUGAUGAGAUGGUUGGGGCUCAUACUGGGUGGUUGAAGAGGGUGUAGGUGAUAGUUAUUCUUUGAGGCUAAUGCUCUUGUGCCUUAUUAUACUUUAAAAAUGUAUCUUUUGACAGAUUACAGUGAGAUACAACACAAAAACUGGCAAUGGAAGCCAUAGUUAAAU